AUGGAUAUCAAUGAAAAGUUGCAGCGUGCAGAUGGAACUGAGAAAGCAAGUCCUAAAUUAUUUAGAAGUUUAGUUAGUGGCUUGAAUUAUCUAAUGCACACUAGAUCUGACAUUGCCUUUUCUGUUAGUGUUUUGUCUAGAUUUUUGCAAAGUCCCACAAAGCAAUAUUUUGGUGUUGUGAAGCAAGUUCUUCGUUAUGUUGCUGGAACAACAGACUUUGGCAUCUGGUAUUCUAAAGCACCAAAUUCCAGAUUGGUUGGCUUUACUGACAGUGAUUAUGCAGGUUGCUUGGAUGACCGAAAAAACACUUCCGAAAGUUGUUUUAGCUUUGGUUCUGGAGUUGUGACAUGGAGUUCAAAGAAGCAGGAGACAUAG